GCUAGCUAAGGACCAAGUAUAAGAGGGGCUUCAAUGAAGAAAGUCCAAGACACCAUGAUUGUGCUUCGAAAAAGGGACAGAGAGAUUGCAUAAAGCAAACUUCCAAUUCAGACUCAAACAACUACCACUUUUCAUUCUUAAGGUAAAAAAAUUAAUAAAAUAACUACCAGUUCUCAGGCCGGGCGAUUCCGACCGUUGAGGCGGUUUAACGCUUCUUGUUUUUUCCGCCCUGUUUUCGGAACAUAUUUCGGGUCGGGUCAUGAAGGGAAGCUUAUUAAACUGGCCGUGUUUCGGCAACAACCGGAGCUCCGAUGACGCCGACGUUGAUCUCGACCCGGUCCUGCUCGUCACCGGCAUGGGAGGCUCUAUUAUCAACUCCAAGUGUAAAGCAUUGGGGAUUUCAUUCGAAACCCGGGUAUGGGUUCGGAUCUUCUUGGCUGACUUGGAGUUCAGGAAGAAAGCCCUUUCUGUUUAUAAUCCCAAAACAGGUUACACAGAAGCAAUAGAGAAAGAUACAGAAGUUGUGGUUCCUGAUGAUGAUUAUGGUCUCUAUGCAAUUGAUAUUUUAGAUCCAUCUUCGGUUGUAAAAUGCUUACAUGUGACAGAGAUUUACCAUUUCCAUGAUAUGAUUGAUAUGCUUGUGAAAUGUGGGUACAAGAAGGGGGCCACAUUGUUUGGAUAUGGUUACGAUUUCCGGCAAAGCAUUAGAAUUGAUAAGUUGAUGGAUGGCCUUAAGACAAAGUUGGAAUCCGCUUACAAGGCCUCUGGGGGUAGACAAGUUAGCAUAAUUACGCACUCGAUGGGAGGUCUGCUAGUGCAGUGCUUUCUGUCGCUACAUAGUGAUUUAUUCGCGAAAUAUGUGAAAAAGUGGAUCGCCAUCGCGUGUCCCUUUCAAGGUGCACCAGGAAGCAUCAAUGAUUCUCUUUUAACUGGAUUGCAGUUUGUUGAAGGCUUUGAAAGCUUCUUUUUUGUGUCAAGGUGGUCAAUGCACCAGCUGCUGAUCGAGUGUCCAUCGAUUUAUGAAAUGUUGGCGAAUCCAGAAUUUAAUUGGAAGAAGCAACCGCAAAUACAUGUUUGGCGAAAGAAAUCUAAAGGUGGAGAAACUUCUGUUGAAUUGGAAAACUAUGACUCUACUGAAUGUAUAACUUUGUUUGAAGAAGCAUUGAGGAACAAUGAGCUAGAAUAUGAUGGGAAUAAAAUAGCUCUGCCCUUUAACUUCGCCAUUCUCAAAUGGGCCGCUGGUACUCGGCAAGUUUUGAACAAGGCGAAAUUACCAGAUGGUGUCUCCUUCUACAACAUCUAUGGGACAUCGUUCGACACGCCUUAUGAUGUAUGCUAUGGCUCGGAAAAAUCUCCAAUCGAAGACUUGUCUGAAAUAUGCCACUCAACGCCCCAGUAUUCAAAUGUUGAUGGCGACGGAACAGUUCCCACCGAAUCAGCAAUGGCAGAUGGAUUUGAAGCAGCUGAAAGAGUGGCAAUUGCAGCUGCUCAUAGGCAACUGUUAAAGGACAAUUCUGUUUUCAAAUAUAUCCAAAAAUGGUUGGGAGUAGAGCAGAAGGUCAGCAAGCAUUCCAAAACGUCCAGAGUUGCAGACAUUCCUUCUUCAAGUAUGCAUGUGAACGUGUAAAAUCCUUUUCUGCUUGAAAAGGAUAUAAUAGUAAUAAUAAUAUUGCACAUGUAUACCAUUAUUUAUAAUUAUUAUGAGUUAUGACCGUGAUACAUGGAUUGAAUUUGUAUUUUUCUAGCCUGGUAUGUAAUUUCUGGACACAGAUAUGGCCUCUGAGUAACUGAAACAUGCCAUGAAUAUAUUUACAGGACUCGAAAAAAAAAAAAAAAAAACCCGAUAUAGCAAUUAAGUAACAAUUGACAUAUGCUC